AUGUCUGGCCGAGGAAAAGGCGGCAAAGGUCUUGGUAAGGGAGGAGCCAAGCGGCAUCGGAAGGUUUUGCGUGAUAACAUCCAAGGAAUCACUAAACCAGCAAUCAGGCGUCUUGCUCGUCGAGGAGGCGUUAAGCGUAUAUCAGGUCUUAUAUACGAAGAAACGCGCGGAGUUCUGAAAGUAUUCCUGGAGAAUGUUAUCCGUGAUGCCGUAACGUAUACUGAACAUGCUAAGAGAAAGACUGUUACGGCUAUGGAUGUGGUUUACGCUCUGAAGCGCCAAGGGCGUACCCUUUACGGUUUCGGUGGCUAG